AUGCUCAAGGCAAAAGUUCUUGACACUCCCAUGAGCACAAGCAUCAAAAUUGAUAUGGAUGAAGAAGGGAUUAAUGUGAAUCAGACCAUGUACAGGGGAAUCAUUGGGUCACUUCUCUAUCUCACUGCCAGCAGGCCAGAUAUAGUCUUCAGCGUAGCGAUGUGUGCUAGGUUCCAAGAGGCUCCAAAAGAAUCACACAUGAAGGCAGCUAAAAGGAUCCUAAGAUACCUGGAGGGAACACAGGACCUGGUCCUAUUCUAUCCUUCUGGUUACUCUCCUGAUCUAAUUGGUUAUGCUGAUGAUUAUGCAGGUUUUUUGGUUGAUCGAAAAAGUACCUCUGGAAUGUCUCACUUUCUAGGGUCAUCACUGAUUUCAUGGGAUACCAAGAAGAACAAUUUAGUGGCUUUAUCAAUUGGAGAAGUGGAGUAUGUGGCUGCUACAUCAUGUUGUGCUUAA